GAGCAUGCGCAAAUUUAAUUAAAAAUAAACAUGGCGGAGAAGUCUGCCAAAACGAUGGGGAUCGGCACAAAACCUGUGCCUAUGAAGUUCUUCGCUGUUUUGGAGGUGGAAAAAACAGCCCCAAGUUGUAUUCCAAGGUUGUGUACCCUUACGCUGAGCAGACUCAUCAUACAUAAACCACUGGAAAAUGAUCUUAAUUCCGUGAUUAUUGCUGUUAAAAUGCAGAAUUCUAAGAGAAUUUUGAGAUCAAAUGAAAUCAUCGUACCACCAGGGGGACUACUGGAUACAGAGUUAGACCUCACAUUUUCUCUUCAGUAUCCACACUAUUUAAAGAGGGACUGCAAAUUACAAGUGAUGUUACAGAGAAGGAAGAAAUACAAAAACAAGACAAUUCUAGGAUACAAAACCCUGGCUGUGGGUCAUGUCAACAUGACACAUGUUUUACAGAGGACACAUGAUAAGGACCUGUCCCUGUACAGUGACCAGAAGGACAACACAGAGAAGCUGGCCACACUGGUCAUGUUACAGUUGUCCAGUCAGCCGGUGGACCACACAGAGAACGGUCAGAGGAAGACAACAUUGUCAGAUGUUGAUCGUUCGCCGGAUAUUGACAAUGAGUCCUACGAUGAGGAUGAUCAAGAAGAAUGGUCAAAUGAUGACAUCAGUGAUCCUGAGGCUUUGGACGAGGACGGAAGGCUGAGGGCAAGAAAAUCGAACCGAGCACAAGCCCGAGGUGUAGCCACAGCCAGGGGGAGAGUCAGCCAACAGAGGAAUUUUAAACAGAAAAUUGUAUCAUUGCUUCGAAAAUUCAAGAUCACCGAGGAGUCAUUAGACCCUGAAGAAUUUCCCGACACAAAUCAGGACCCAAACGACGACAUCGAAGACUUAAUCGACGAGCUGGCUGAGAGCAUGAGUGACAGCGGCCAGGAAAUGGACCCAGACGCUGUCAGUGUAAUCUCAACCCCAAAACCACGACUCAGACCAUUUUUCCAAGGCCGAACAAGCACAGUAGAACCAGAUGACAGUAAUAAGGACCCAGAUAAAAAUAGUGAUGAUGCAACCUCCAUCAAAAAGGAGCCUGACAGUGUAAUGGAAAAAGAACACGUAGAAGAUCACAAAUCUUCGCCUGAAACUAAAGGCAAAAUAAGUCACGGCCGAAGUCGAUCGUAUCGAGAGGGAAAGCACAAUAAAGGGGAGCGACACCGCCGUCACAGUACGGGUCUAAUUCACGGAUCGCCUCGGAAAGCUCUGAUGGAACAGUUAGGGGUGGUGUUUGGGGGGUCAGAUGACAAUCUACCAGAAUCUGUAAUGUUGGUCAACACCUCAGAAUGGCAGGGACAGGUGUUUCAUCAGAAGCUUCAGGAUCACAGUCAUAAUGUUAUAUGUACGUGUGGAGAACCUGACGUUAAGGCCUCCAUUAAUGCUCUAGUGUCCAAAAUUCAGAAAUACUGUAACAGUAACUCCAAGGCCCCGAGUGCUAUCAAGGUGUGUAUAGCGGGGAGUGAUAGUUAUAUUAACACAGUCCUCAGACCAUACGUCGAGCAGUUCUCAGCCAAACCUCCAGACUGGCAGACCUAUGUUAAGUUCCUCAUUAUACCAUUCGGCUCCAGUUCUAUAGGGAAGUACAUAGGCAGUCUAGACAGUACUUACAGUGCUUUAUUCCUGGACCAAACUUGGAAGGAUACAUUCGAAAAGAAUGAUGCCCCAAAACUGGAUUCUCAAGACGUUAUAAGCCGAGUGUCAAAGUAUGUGAACUGUUCAGGGUCAGUGGUUCAAAUCCCGAUCGCUGAAGCCAUGGUCAUGUGUAGAGCCAAAAGUGGUGAAGAAGAUUCAUCCCAGAUAUUGAUUCCGUUCAUUAGUGAGGUUAAGAUAGGCAGUUGUGAUGUUAUGAAUGCUUCCAUGGACUUUGAGGACACGGGGAACACCCUGGUCAAUUCUCCGUCACUGUCCAGUUCUCCCCCCAGUAACAUGUCCACCCUAGACAAACCCAAGAUGGACUUCUCCACGCCCCCCAGCUCCCCCAAUGUCAGUGUCGCCUCCAACACAAGCCAGAGCACCUUGCCCCCCACCCUGGUCCCCUCAGGUGAAUUUCUGGAACUGCAGGUGGACUACUGGACGACGGCCUCUAAGUCUGAGAGCACCGAGAAGACGGACAAGGCCAGUAAGAAGGACAGUAACAAGUGUACGCUGAAGACGACGUUCCGCUCCCUACAGGUCCAGAGGCUGGCUCAGAAUCCCGUCGACCUCACCGCGUUCUCCAUGGUAGUGGUGACCAAAGAGAAGAAACACAUAAUUAUGAGGCUGGGGAAGAAAGCCAAGGAGGGAGAAUCUAAGAGUCAGAUUGUGGAGGGGAUAAAUCGACUGAUCUGUACAACCAAAACACAAAGCUACUCUCUCAAAGUUAUGGUGGAUGGGGUUGAAUGGACAGGAGUGAAAUUUUUCCAGUUGUCCACGAAUUGGCAGACCCACAUAAAACAUUUUCCGAUCACUCUCCUAGGGAACCCAGACCCUAUCUGAUUUCCUCAACCCGCAGGUCUUACAGUCUCUAACCACCAAGGUGCAACACCCUGGGAAAAUUCAGAUGGAGAUGUUUUAUAUAUCAGGGCUUCCCUCUUUUACCAGAGAGUUUUUGUAACGACUCAUUUUUUUUCUAUUGAGGAUAAGCUAACCUUGACCAGCCAUACUUACUUGAUUCAUGACAAAAAUUUGUGAUUUUCACAAAUGACUGAGUUGUUUUUGUAUUCGUGUAGACAAGUGCCAGCAAUUAUUUGUACACUGGAUUUUUAAAUUGUUUUGACCUUGCCUCUUAUUUUAGUAAACACAUUAGUCAUAAAAAUGUAUUAGAAUUGUACAAGUAUAUUCCUAUUAUAAAUAAUGUAGGAAUAUUUUCCAAUCAAAUGAUUAGUGUCGUACAUCAUUUAGAUUAAUAGUGCUAAAAUUACUAACUUGUAAAUCAGUGCAUCCUGUUGUAACUGUGAGAUGGGUGCUGUGUAGAAAGCAAAGCAUAUUACAUCUGGAUUGGUUUUCACACUUUGAGUAGGUCUUUCCACGUGACCGUUUUUCUGAGGUGCCUAAUUAUAAGACUAUGUCAGUGAGUUGUCUCAAUUCCUCUGUAGGGAGUACAAAUAAAACUAGGCCAGUAUAGAGUUGUCUCCCUGUCGUUGUGUGAUCUGGUCUGAAUAACCUCAGUAUUGUUCUGACUAAGCUCUAAUAUUGUACUUAAUUAAAAAAAUGUAUUAAUUUUGUAUGAAGUAAUUUAUUGUUUUAUUUGUGGUAUCCAUUUAAUUAGGGCAUGUUCAAAUUUAAAAUUGUAUUAAUAUGUGUGUAUAUUUAACCAAGAACAAAACUUGUGUACAGGAAAAUUAACCAGUCCAUUUUUGUACAUGUAGUUUUAUACAUCGGAGUUUUGUAAUACGACCCUACUUUUGUAAUGUCUGUGUUGUUCUGUAUACAUGUAUCUAUGAUCUGGGGAUGCUCCACAUUAAUAUACCGGUACUCGUGUGUAACAUGUUGUCGUAGAGACGAACAACAAAUUACGUGUUGUCGAAGAGACAAACGACAAAUUAUGUGUUGUCGUAGAGACUAAAGACAAAUUACUUGAGGGCUAGACUUGGAUCUCCUUAUUUAGGGUAGUUAAGAUAUAGCAGCAUCACAUUUCAUUCUGGUA